AUGUCGAAAUAUCGCCGCAAUGCCGUCGUACUCGAUUUCAACGUCAUGCCAAUUAAACCAGAUAUCGAAACGGUAUCGAAAUUCAUCGCCAAGGGCCUUACACUGGACCUGAAACGGACUAAAAAUCUCCAGUUCAAUAAUUCACGAAACCUCGUCAUCAUCGAGCUAGGAUCGCCGGAGGAAGCUUCGGUGCUAGCUGACCAGCACAACCUCAAACAUAACCUAAGAUGGAGUGGCCGAAACUUCGCGAUUCCCAUCUUUGUGGAAGACAACGCGAUUCAGGUUCGAGUCCACGAUCUACCGCCGCACAUGCCUAACGAUCUAAUUACAUCGCAUCUCGAGGCCUACGGAGAGGUCCGUUCCAUUCGGAACGAGGUCUGGCGGGAUUAUUUUCCCGGGAUUCCAAAUGGAGUUCGAGCUGUUCGUAUGGUCCUGUCGAAGCCAAUUCCGUCCUUCAUUCAGGUGGAGUCGGACUUGGCUUAUAUUAGCUACAACCAGCAAGUGAAAACUUGCCGCCACUGUGCAAAACCACUGCAUAACGGGAAAAAGUGUGACGAGAUAAAAAAAAGCUACGAUUACAACAACAAAAACAACACCACAACCACCAGCACAACCACAACCAGUACCAACACCAUCAGCGACAACAAUAGAAACAGAAACAACACCACCACCUAA